GUCAUGACCUCAAUCCAAAAACUCUUCGUGAGCUCCCCAUACUUUGCGGUUGUCGGUGCAUCGAAGGACAAAUCAAAGUACGGAACGAAGGUUCUUAAAUGGUACCAAGACCGAUCCUUGUCGGUAAAACCUGUGCACCCUAAAGAGACAGAGCUCGAGGGCUUGUCAACCAUAAAGUCCAUCACCGAACUUGACUUUCCCACUCAGACAUCAGUGAGCAUUAUUACACCGCCCGCAGUUACUCUCAACAUCUUGCGGUCAGCCAAAGAUCAGUCCAUCCCGGCACUUUGGUUGCAGCCAGGCGCAGAGGAUGCCAAUGUUGUGGAUUUUGUGAAAACUAAUGGAUUGGAAGGUCGAGUGAUUUAUGGUGGUCCUUGCAUCCUUGUUCAAGGCGACGACCUACUUCACAAUCGGAGCCUGUUGUAACAUAUAUGAUGGCGGUGGUAAUAAUAACCACAUUUCUCACCCGGC